AUUCUCUAGUUUCUCUCUCCAAAUGACUGUCUCUCUCUCUAGAAUUUGCAGCUUUAGAUCUCUUAUCAGAUCCUUCAAAUCUCUCUAAUUUCAGACUCUUUUAGCAUCAGCUAGUUAGCAACUACUAAUGGAGUCUUGUGAUAAACCCUAACGAAUGAAGAGAGUGGAUUUCUCUCGGCCGCAGAGUUGGAUAUUUGCUACAAUUCACAUGCCAAGUUGAUAGAGAACAUUGAAUUGCUUUGCUCUGCUCUGCUCUGGAGAUAUGCCUGUAUGCUAGAUGGUACCAGCUUUUAGAAACAGGCAUGUUCCAAUGUCUAUUGAAAAGACAACAGGUUUAGCCCAGCAUGCUACCUUGUUCGAACGGUGAAGGAACCAACAUCAAAUUACAUAACAUGAAUAUGAUGAUAAGCCCAUUGCUGUUUAGGCACACAAGCAGCAGGAGGCCUACCUUCACUUGCAAAGUAAGGAGAUUCUAACAUUAUCAACAAAUCCCAAAAAUGUCAGGUGAAGAGACUCCCGCUCCUGCUGAGACUCCUGCUCAGCCUCUUGAGGCCAUGGACUUGAUGACAGCAUUACAGCUUGUUCUGAAAAAGUCUCUAGCUCAUGGUGGACUUGCCCGGGGCCUCCAUGAAGGUGCUAAAGUGAUUGAGAAGCAUGCCGCCCAGCUCUGUGUAUUGGCAGAGGACUGCAACCAGCCAGACUAUGUCAAACUCGUUAAAGCACUCUGUGCUGAUCAUGGUGUAGGCUUAUUGAUGGUUCCCAGUGCGAAGACCCUUGGCGAGUGGGCUGGAUUAUGCAAGAUUGAUUCUGAGGGCAAGGCCAGGAAGGUUGUUGGUUGCUCCUGCGUUGUUGUGAAGGAUUAUGGUGAGACAAGUGAAGGCUAUAAUGUUGUUCAGGAACAUGUCAAGUCUCACUGAGUCAAAACGGUUCUCUAAUUUAACAGGGUCUGAUUUGAAUUUCAUUUGUAGAGACCUUCACUCCAUGUUUCCAUGGACCCACAAUUCUAUGGGGGUGUUUUUUAGUGUUUUCUGGUCAUCAAUCUCAUGGUCAGGGAGUUUUGAGUCUUCUAGUUGCCUAUGACUUUAAUCAAAUUGCUUCCUAUUGUUUUGGUGAAACACCUUUUUAUUGAUGUAUGAAAUUCAGAAUUAGCACAUUUUUAAGACAUCAAUUAAUAAAUGACAUGCAGAAGUAGCUCAUCAGGCGUAAAUGUUUUUUGAA